AUGAAAGCUAAACAGCCCGAGGGGGAUGACAACACGCUCUUGCUAAUUAUGCGGGGAUUGUGGCUGGCUCUCCCCUCUAUUUCAGGUGUUCUGCUGCUGUUUUCCAGUGUUUGCAUCCUGCUCCCAGGUGUGGGCAGCUGCCCCAAGAAAUGUUUGUGCCACCGUCCUUCGAACUCUGUGGACUGCAGUGGCCAGGGGCUGUCCAAGAUUCCUCCUGAUCUACCCCCAUGGACGCUAACCCUGCUCCUACAAGAUAACCAGAUCCACUGGCUUCCUGCUCUUGCAUUCAGGUCCGUGCCGCUGCUCAGCAUCCUAAAUUUAUCCAACAACUCUCUUUCAAAUCUGGCAUCAGAGGCUUUCUAUGGGCUUCGGCACUUGGAGGUUUUAAACCUAACCCAAAAUUCCCUGCUUUCCCUGGAAACCAGCCUUGCCCAUGCUCUACCUGGACUCAGGCAGCUGUAUCUGUCAUCCAACAGCCUCAAUCUCCUGCCCACAUCCCUGGGCAAGCCUUGGGAGAACCUGACUGUGUUCGCCGUGCAGCGGAAUAGUCUCCAACAUCUGGAGCGUACGCUUCUGGAGGCCAUGCCCAAGGUGAGGCUGGUACUUCUAAAGAACAACCCCUGGAAAUGUGACUGCCACUUGGUGGGUCUGAAACUCUGGCUGGAGAGAUUCACCUUUACAGGGGGAGUAACAGACAGUGCCAUCUGCAGGCUGCCUGAGCCCUGGAAGGGACGAGAUCUCCUCUCCAUUCCCCAUGAACUUUACCAAUCCUGUCCUCUGCCUUCUCCACAACUGGCACCCUCACUAGGUCAGCAGCCUGGUUCUGCCCCUCAAGAGGUCCACAAGCCUUCUGAGAAUAACUCUGGACAGCAAGAUUCCCUGGAGUGUGGGACCAAACCCAAACCAAAGCCAGCCAACCUGCGCCAUGCUGUGGCUACCGUGGUCAUCACCGGGGUGGUAUGUGGGAUCGUCUGUCUCAUGAUGUUGGCGGCUGCUAUCUAUGGCUGUACCUACGCAGCUAUCACAGCCCAGUACCACGGGAGACUCUUAGCAUCAACCCGUGAGUCUGAGAAGAUGGGAAGCAAGGAGCCAAUGGACCAUUCAGCAGCCCAAGAGCCACCAUGUCAAAGUCCUCCUUGA